AUGGCUGCAGCCAUGGUGUUGCGCCGCGCCGCUGCCGCUGCUCUCCUGCUCGCAGCUGCGCCGCUGCUUCGGCUCGGGCACUCUGCGGCCUUCGUGGCGCCACGAGCCAUCGCUUCACAACAGGCCAAGCCCACUGCGAAGCCGUGGGGCCUUCAAAGCCAAGGCCAGCGUGUUGCCAAAAUCCCCCAGCAGUCGGGCACACAGCAGACGACGCUGAGCUCCAGCGUGACGCCUGCCAUCCUGGUCCUCGGGCUGAUCUUCGGGUCUGCAGCUCUUCUUCGUGUGGGUUACACGCCGCUUGUGCAAGAGGUUCUUUGCUUCAGAAGUAAGGGCCACGAGCUACUGUUCGCCAUCUUCACCGCAUGCUCCAUCUUGUGGUUUCUUUCGCCAAGCCACCUGGCCGAGCGAGUCGCCCGCCCUUUGCGGCCUUUAGCCCUGCGAUUUGCAUCCCAAGGGCAGACUCGGCUUUCGGCUGUGACCUUGGCGGCCGGUGAUCUGCUGAGGUACGCAGCGACCGCUUCGCAGGCGUUCUUUGCGGCUUGCUUGGUGGUGCAAGCGCUGCCGGCGCAAGCACGCUAUUUUCUGCCUUUCAUCCCCCGCAAUGCUGCAUUCAUUACAGGGACGGGGGCCACAAAGAUCAUGGGUCCCUGGAUGGGGCGGCCUGCGGCCUUAGGAGGCUGGAUGAUGGAGCUCAUGGGAAUUUUAAUCUCCCACAAGGUGUUUCUCCUGCUCACUGCACUCUCGGCAUUUCCAACUUACCGCUUCGUCUGGCGGGCCUUGGAGCCUUCGCCCAUCCCAGAAGGCGAAACUAGAGGUGCCGGCGGACAGCUGCUCCGUGAGCUUCUUCGAAGUUGCCUGUCCGGUGCGGUGCUGGCUGGGGGGGUGCGGGCAGCUUUCGCAGCGGCGGGCCGAAGUUUGCCGGAUGCGGCGCUUCUUCCAGUGCUGGCCUUCAUCGCCCUGGCUGGAAUCCAGCCCGUGCAAGACUUAGCGGCACGUGCCUUUGCGGCUGUGCAUCUGCGUUCCAUCAAGAAGAAACGCAUCCGGGGUAUGCUUGGCGGGAAGAUGGUCAACGGCAGUUUGCAGGGCUUCAGCGGGCUUGCGGCGCAAGUGGCCACGAAGGUGGAGGUCCCGGUCAACGGGGUCGCCAAAGGCAUCGAAGCCGCGGAAGCUGCGCUGUCCGCUUCAGGAAGUCGGAAGAUCCUGAGCAAACUCGGGCAGAUAAUCGCAGAGCUCAGCGCAAGACCCUCCGCAUGCAUCCGGCUGCUACAACUGAUUUUCACUCGCGCGGGGUACCAGAAGCCCUGUGUCGUGGCAGCUCUUCUCAUCGUCGUGAUGUGCAGGUGGCCAAUCUUGGUGGAGUGGAUCGAGCAUCAUGCCCCAACCUCGGGCCACCGCUUGUUGAUCCUGGGAAUGUCAUCUGGCAUUGCACUGCGGCUGAUGAACUUCGAAGUUCUUCAGCAGGGGGCACGCCGGGUGCUGCCGGCGCGUCUGGCAGGUGCCAGUGGAGGUCCUGGCAAGGCUGCGCAUUGGUUCCUGGCCGUCAACACGCGAGCAUCUGCAGUUUCCGCUGCAGCUGCAUUCUUCAUACCCAUGGUGGGCAUCGUGCAAAAGAUCGCAUAUCACCUGGAAGUGAAGAAGGAGGUCGCUUGGGUGGAUGCCUGGGCUCUCCAAAUCUCCACGGCCUUCGUCUUCCUCGUGCUUAGUGUGCAGGCUGCGAGAGUGCUCAGCCGAAGUCUGCCAACACCCAGCAGUCCAGCCCCUGGCCUCGCCCUUGCCUGUGUGCGGGCGUGGAUCGUUGGAGCAGCCAGCACCGCGAUCUACGGAACGAUUCUCUUGGCCGUGGGAGCGCCGGGGCCGAUAAGCCCUGGGCUAUUGGGCGGAACCGUGGGCAGCUGCCUCGCGGCUGGUGUCGCUGCGGGCUCCCUUGCUCUCGCCUACUUACUGGCUCAGGACUGGCUGACCCGGCUCCGCCUGGGCACUGGUCAGCUCUUCUGGCUCCGGGCGAAAGAGACCUCCGAGCCUUUCAAGCUCCAGAGGUUCGAGGGCCGGCAUGCGCUGCUCACGCCACUCAAGUCCAGCGAAGAGUUGAAGGUACCAGCUUCUCAGCUGGGCGGCUCCCAGCGCGGGACUGUACGGCCUGUGCGGAUUACAAUCCCUGUCGGAGAAGAUACAAAGGCAGACGUGAUCGCGAGUCAUGUUCGAAGCGCCCUCAAGCAGCAGGAUGGUCUUCUCCAUCAGCAGUCUUUGCAGCCAAAGGUUUGCGUCGCAGAGGAUGGUCGGGUCAUUUGCGUGGAUGCCUUCCUGGAAGGAAGUGCGCCGUUGGACAAGGCUUGGCAAAUACGAUCAUCGCUUCUGCUUGCA